CAUCCAUGAAUUGUUGCCGGACGUCACCAAGCAAUUCCUGGGUUUUCCCCACAGUAAACCUCUGCUGCUUUGGAUUUUUCUCAAUGAUGAAACCAUCAGAACCAUUUGUCGUACCUUAUUUAGCAGGACCAGAUAAAAAUAUAAGCCUCAGUGUGAUCACAAAUGAGAUCUUCCCAAUAUGGACAUACUCUUACCUGGUGCUGCUGCUCCCCGUGUUCGUCCUGACCGAUUACGUCCGCUACAAGCCAGUCAUCAUCCUGCAAGGAGUCAGCUUCAUCAUCACCUGGCUGUUUCUCGUAUUUGGCCAAGGAUUAAGAGCCAUGCAGGUGCUAGAGUUCUUCUAUGGGAUGGUCUCUGCCACCGAGGUGGCGUACUAUGCCUACAUUUACAGCGUGGUCAGCCCUGAGCACUACCAGAAAGUGAGCGGCUACUGCAGAAGCAUCACGCUGGUGGCCUACACAGCGGCCUCGGUGCUGGCCCAGCUCCUGGUAUCCCUGGCCAGCCUCUCGUACUUUUGCCUCAAUGUCAUAUCCUUGGCCUCCGUCUCUGUGGCCUUUCUUUUCUCACUUCUCCUACCAAUGCCUAAGAAGAGCAUGUUUUUUCAUGCAAAACCCAGCACAGGGGCUUCUCCAAAACCAAGAGGAAGAGAUGCUUUCUUAGAGGAACCUCAAAAGGGUCACAAACCAGUCUACCAAGAAAUAUUCACCUUUUCAAAGAAUCUGGAUGAUGGUUCGUUAAGCACUCCAAAGCCGGAAAACGCAACUUUGAUGGUUUUUGUGCAGUGGUUCCAAGAUCUGAAGGAGUGCUACUCCUCAGAGCAACUUUUUUACUGGUCCCUGUGGUGGGCCUUCUCCACAGCAGGUUUUAAUCAGGUUUUGAACUAUGUUCAAAUCCUGUGGGAUUAUAAGGCACCAUCCCAGAGUUCUACAAUCUAUAAUGGAGCAGUAGAAGCCCUUGCAACCUUUGGAGGGGCUCUGGCAGCCUUCACAGCAGGCUGUGUGAAAGUCAACUGGGAUCUCCUGGGAGAGAUGGCCCUGGCAAUGUUCUCAGCAGUGGAUGCAGGUUCUCUACUUCUCAUGCAUUACACAAAUAAUAUUUGGGUGUGCUACGCUGGUUUCGUGAUAUUCAAGUCAAGUUACAUGUUUCUCAUAACGAUAGCAGCAUUUCAGGUUGCUGUUAAUCUCAGUGUGGAACGCUAUGCCCUGGUGUUCGGAAUCAACACCUUCAUUGCCCUGGUGAUCCAGACUGUCAUGACUGUAGCUGUGGUUGACAACCAGGGACUGGGGCUUCCGGUCAGCAUCCAGUUUUUAAUUUAUGGGAGUUAUUUUUCUAUUAUUGCUGGAAUUUUCCUGAUGAGAAGCAUUUACAUAAUCUGUUCAGCCAAAUGCGGAAAGGAAAAAUGUAGGUCUACUGCUACUGGUCAGAAUCCAAGUGAACCGGAGAACUCCAUGUCUGAUUAAGAUACCAUAAAAGACAGGAUUAUCAUCAACCUUAUCAACACCACAUCAAAGUCUCUGCUAUGGGCUGGUGAACUGGAUACAACCAAAAACUGUAGUCAGCCAAGUGGAAACCAGCCAUCUUUAUGGACUUGAUGAGCAACUAGGACCCUAAAUACGGUUUUAAUACUUUCGAGUCCACCCCAAAAGAACAUGGAAAUCAGACAAAUGGGACCAUGCAAGAACAGAAACAUGAAAUAUCACAGAGUGAAUGAUGUAUACUGGCUUUUUGUGCCCAACUUCAUAAAAAUGUGAUUUGUUUUGGUUUGAAUAGUAGAUAAAAAAAGUUUCUCAUGCAGGCCUGAUGCAUAAUAAAUGAUCAACAUGUGAUAACCAUUAUGAUUAUACUCCUACUAUAUACUAUGAAAAAAGUUAGAAUGGGGGAAAUCAUUUAAUUCCUAUAAGAUUAGGCCAAAAAAAUAAGGAAAAAAAUUUUUUUAAAGAUUUUAUUUAUUUAUUUGACAGAGAUCACAAGUAGGCAGA